CAGCCUAAAGCCACUUCCCCUCUUCUCAUGCUUGCAGCCUGAAGAGUCGAGCUCCAGCGCGCGCUGCCCGGGGAACGACGCCACCUGAGCGCGCCGCAGCCUUUUCGGCCCCAGCUCCCGCAGCCAGCCGGCCAACGGGUCUGCGGCUUCGCGGGGAAGAGGGAGGUGGAGGAGGACGAAGAGGAGGUGGCUGGUGAGCCAUGGGUGCCUGCGCUGGCAAGACACAUGUUGGUAGCAAGUGCAGUACCUCCGGAGAAGACAGCGCGGACACUGGCGGCGAGAUCACAGACUUCUACGAGCUGUGCGAUGAGAAGCUCGGGGAGGCCCUGUCCUUCGGUUCGGUCUGCAGGGGCAGGCACCGGCGAACGGGCGCCGAGCGCGCCGUGAAGAGGACCGCCAAGGCCAGGGGGAAGGCCGCCACCUGCUGGCACCGGGAGGCCGCGAUCAUGGAGAAGCUCGAGCACCCGAACAUUGUCAGGCUGCACGAGACGUUCGAGGACGACGGCAGCUUCUACCUCGUCAUGGAUCUGUGCGAGGGCGGGGAGCUGUACGAGCGGCUUCUUGACGCUGAGAAUUUUGUCGAGGACGAAGCCGCUGGCCUGAUGCAGCAGAUAUUCCGUGCGAUUUGCUACAUGCACGGGAGACAUGUUUGUCAUCGAGACUUGAAGACUCAGAAUUUCCUCUUCCUGGACAGAGGCCCGAUAUCGCAGAAUGUAGUCAAGGUCAUCGACUUCGGCAUCUCCUGUCAGUUCGAGCCGGGCGAGGUGCUGACCACGAAAGUGGGCACGCCUUACUUCGUUGCCCCGGAGGUGCUCAACGGCAUGUAUGGCCAUCUGAGUGACUUGUGGAGCUGUGGUGUCAUCCCAGAGGCCUGCGCCCCGCCCCGCCGGCAUCGCGAGAGCAUUGCAUCUGCGGCGACUGGCCAGGGUUGCCUAAGUCGGGGCAGCGGAGGCGGACAAAGUGAAGGAGGUGGAUGGGGAGGCGGAGGCGGAGGCGGAGAAGAGGGACGGGGCUGA